GAUAGAUACGAUGUCGCAUAAGCGUGUCUUAUCUAUAGACGAGAGAAGAAAAUCAAGAUUUAAGAAUCAGCCAUUGUUGAGUUCUUUGAGCAAGCUUAGUGAAGAAUAAUGAGCCGUCUCCACUGCUUGGAGACAUCGAUCUUCGCCACGGCAAAUCUCUUUCUUUUUCACACACCCUUUUCACCAUCUGCAGUUUUACCCUUAACUUCUACCAAACCUGCGAGCCUUCUUUUUGAGAAUUUCAAGAAAUCAGCAUCAAGAACACCAACUAGAACAAGUGCCAACAACCCCACAACUAAGGUGUUGGCUAGUGGUGUAUCUACUGCGGCAGUAGAUGGAGAAGCUGAUGUUGAAGUUGCUGAGGGGUAUACAAUUACUCAGUUUUGUGAUAAAAUGAUUGAUUUGUUCCUAAAUGAAAAACCCAAGUCAAAAGAUUGGAGAAAAUACUUGGUUUUUCGAGAAGAGUGGAAGAAGUACGGGGAUAGAUUUUACAGUAGGUGUCGAACUCGAGCUGACACAGAAGAUGAUUCUCAAAUGAAGGAAAAGUUAAUUAGCUUGGCUAGAAAAGUUAGGAAGAUUGAUGAUGAAAUGGAAAGGCAUACUGAACUUCUCAAAGAGAUACAAGAUAACCCCAGGGAUUUGAAUGCAAUUGUUACAAAGAGGCGCAAGGACUUCAAUGGUGAAUUCUUUCGGCAUCUGUCUUUGCUUUCAGAAACUUAUAACAGCUUGGAGGACCGAGAUGCAUUUGCCAGACUUGGGACUAGAUGCUUGUCUGCAGUCAGUGCUUAUGACAACACACUGGAGAUUGUGGGAACAUUAGAUACUGCCCAGGCCAAAUUCGAUGACAUCUUGAACUCUCCGUCAGUGGAUGCAGCAUGUGACAAGAUUAAAAGCCUUGCCAAGAGUAAAGAACUUGACUCUUCUUUGGUGCUGCUGAUAAAUGGUGCUUGGGCUUCAGCAAAAGAAUCCUCUACAAUGAGAAAUGAGGUAAAGGAGAUAAUGCAUCGUCUAUACAAAGCUACACAGAGUAGUCUAAGGAGCAUGGCACCAAAAGAAAUAAAGUUGCUUAAGUACCUGCUGAACAUCACAGAUCCUGAAGAGCGAUUCUCAGCAUUGGCAACAGCUUUCAGCCCUGGUCAUGAACAUGAUGCCAAGGAUCCUAAUGCCAUAUACACAAGUCCAAAAGAGUUGCACAAGUGGAUCAAAAUCAUGCUUGAUGCAUACAACAUGAAUAAAGAAGAGACUGAAAUUAGAGAAGCCAAGCAGUUGGAUCAACCUAUGGUCAUUCAGAGACUUUCCAUUCUAAAGGAAACAGUUGAAGCAGAAUAUUUGGAAAAAGAAGCUAAUACAGAAAAAGAUUCACAACCAGAAGAAACUGUGAUAUGACAACCCAGUCCACCGGCGUAUCUGUUGUUAUUGCUCACUGUCAGUUCUCUUCUCAAAAUUAGCUUUCUUUGGUGAUUUGUGUAUCUCUCAGCAUGCAGUAGGAUGAAUGGCUGGUUGCAAUAGUGAAGCAAUUAUGUAUAGUUGUUUUUUGUAGAAAUAGCAAAGAGGCGUUUUCCCUUUUAUGUA